UCAUCAUCAGAAUUCCAUUAUAUAAAGCCAUGCCACACCAAGUGAGGACUCACAAGCCAGCUUUGAUUUCCUCAAAUUUAUCUCUUCGCGUUAAACUAAUUCAAAAGAUGAACCUAACAUCAUUUCGUUUUACUCCUUUCUUUCUUCUUCUCAUAAUUGGAGUUACUGUUGCUGCCUCUGCUGCUGACAAAAAAGUGGUCUCUCCUGAAAUGUCUACUGGCCCUAAUAAUGGCCAAGGCGGCGGCUCUUCUGGGGCUACUGGCUCCGGUCAUGGCCCCAACUGGGACUACAAUUGGGGAUGGGGGUCGAGUCCUGGCAGUGGCUGGGGUUAUGGUUCGGGUUCAGGCCGGUCGCCAAAUGGGUUUGGCAGGGGUUUUGGGUUUGGGUUUGGCUCUGGAAGUGGAUCAGGUUCAGGAUAUGGUUAUGGGUCUGGAAGUGGUGGUGCACAUGGUGGUGGGUAUGGGGCUGGAAGUGGAUCAGGAAAUUCUGACGGUGGUGGUUCUGGUGGAGGAAGUGGCGGAAACUCGCCGGUUGAUUCCAGAGGAAAAAACAACCACGGGUGAAACAACAAGCAUGGAGUUUGAAUCUAUCUAUAAAGUGUGCAUGGUGUGCAAAUUAAGUGCAAGCUCCAUAUUAUGUACCCUAUAAUUAUAUAUAGCUUAUAUAGUUUUGAGUUUGGGCUGUAUCAUAUGUAUAAUUACUGGCUUGAACUGUGUUUGCUCCUCUGCUAUUAAAAAAUUUCUCUA